CCGCCCCUAAAUAGUCUCGACGCGCACCAACAAGCAACACCUUUCACCCCAAGCUUUACCAAAAGUCCCCACCUUCACUUCGAUCGCACGCUCCCACAAUCGCACCCAUAUCACGACAAUAGCAAUGGCCGACCAGUUUGCUCAAAUCGCCGAGAUCCCCAAGGAGUUCCUGAGGGAUGGCACUCUGUUCAUCAACCGGUGCACAAAGCCCGACAAGAGAGAAUUCAUCAAAAUCUCACAGGCCGUCGGAAUCGGUUUCGUCGUCAUGGGUGUCAUCGGCUACAUCGUCAAGAUCAUUCACAUCCCCAUCAACAACAUCCUCGUUGGUGCUGCUUAGAUGUGUCGUUUGCGCGGUGGGGUCGUUUUCGGACAUGAUGCGUACGGAGGAUACGGUCUUCAGCUCGAUUACAUUAGGGGAGGGGCGUUGAUUUGUUUUGCCGCAGACAAUCGGCAUGUAAUUGCGGCUUGUCGAGUUCAUGCAUCACGGUUCUGGUUCUGUUUUUAUUUACGUUUUAUUGCUUUGGCGCGUGGGAGUGAGGGAGUGAGGGAAUUGUACGAUAUCCAAAAACAAUAAGAAGAAGAAAGCACAAUUAAUAUAUG